CUUUGUUCUCAGCUCUCUAAAAAAUCCUGUUAUGUAGGAAUUUAAAUGGCUGGGCUUGCAGACACGGCGUCGACUGUUGGCUGACCUGUAGCUCCAGGAUCUAACAUUUCUGACAAUGGAUCAUUUAGUGCAAGAUGAGUUUUGAACUUCAAAAACUGGUGAACAUUGUGAAAAUACUUCAUCCUGGAAAAAAAAAGAGUAGCUGAACUUGUCUUGAGAGAAGACUGGUGAAACAAAGACAGAACAUUUCUUCAGCUGGGUAUAAUAGGAAACAGGAAAGACAUCUGAUUCAUGAACCAGAAGUGUGUUUCUACGAGUUGGUUCACGCAGAAGGAAAGCUAAAAAGCUGAUAAAACUGUCUUGAGAGAUGAUGAAUCGUUACACUACUCUGAAACAGCUGGGUGAUGGUACCUAUGGCAGCGUGCUGAUGGGGAGAAGCAACGAGUCUGGGGAACUGGUGGCUAUCAAGAGGAUGAAGAGGAAGUUUUAUUCAUGGGAAGAGUGCAUGAACCUAAGAGAAGUGAAAUCACUCAAGAAACUGAACCAUGCCAAUGUGAUCAAACUAAAGGAGGUUAUCAGAGAGAAUGAUCACCUGUACUUUGUCUUCGAGUACAUGAAGGAGAACCUCUAUGAGCUUAUGAAGGACAGAGAGGAUAAGAUGUUCUCAGAGAAUGAAAUUAGGAACAUCAUGUUUCAAGUGCUAUCUGGGUUGGCUUUUGUACAUAAGCAUGGCUUCUUUCAUCGAGACAUGAAGCCAGAGAAUCUGUUAUGCAUGGGCCCAGAACUGGUCAAAAUAGGUGACUUUGGACUGGCCAGAGAGAUCCGCUCCAAACCUCCCUACACCGACUAUGUAUCAACCAGAUGGUACCGAGCUCCAGAGGUCCUGCUCAGGUCGUCUACCUACAGCUCUCCUAUUGACCUGUGGGCUGUGGGCUGCAUCAUGGCUGAACUUUACACACUGAGACCUCUUUUUCCUGGAAACAGUGAAGUGGAUGAGAUUUUUAAGAUCUGCCAAGUUCUGGGCACUGUCAAAAAGACUGACUGGCCAGAGGGCUACCAACUCUCUUCUGCCAUGAACUUUCGCUUCCCGCAAUGUGUACCAACCCACCUGAAGACCCUGAUCCCAAAUGCCAGCAAUGAAGCUAUUUCCCUGAUGAAGGACUUAUUAAAGUGGGACCCCAAAAAAAGACCCACCGCUGUACAGGCCCUGCGUCACCCAUACUUCCAGGUAGGUCAGGUCUUGGGGCCUUGUCCUCAAAGUCAGGAGCUCAAGAAUGUCCAAGCCAGGCCGCUGGCCCAGAAGCAGGCCUCAGAGUCCAAGGCUGAUCCCCAGCAGCCUUCCUCUGAGUACAACGCCCCCACAUCCUCCCCCAGAAAUCAGAAGCAGCAGCAGAUCCCCCUGCCACAAGCUAAAGCAGUAUCGCUGGGCAGUGAGAACAGUUUUGGCGGUGGUGGGAUAGGGGUGCUGAAAAGCGGCCGCCGUCGCUGGGGCCAGAUGGUAUCCAAGAUCUCAGACAGCUGGGAGGAAUUCGACUCAUCAGAAACUGCGGUCUCCAACUCCAAAAAACCCAGCCUAGGGAACAUAGAGGAGGAGAGGAGCCUUAAGGAGCACCGUCCACAGCCCAAGGAGCAGAAACCUCUGUAUUCCUUCAGCACAGUUACCAAGCUACCCAACAAUAUUAAAAUAGGCAAACUCGACUCUGACCUUCCAGGAUCUGCUGCACGGCAGCACUACCUCAGUCAGUCACGAUACUUGCCAGGCUUGAUUGGCAAGAAUCAGAUUUCUCUGGGAGAUAAGGAGUUGAGUGGUAUGACUCUCCGGGACCUAUGGGAAAACUCCUCAAACACUGUAAAUAAACCACCUGCUCCUAUUGGAGGAGGAUUAGCUGUCACCAGAGUCAACACAGGGAACUUUGUAAGCACCAAGUACAGCCUCCCCGGUGGUUACAUCCCUUCCUUUCAAAAGAAAGAGGUGGGAUCAGUGGGACAGAGAAUCCAACUUACUCCUCUGGCUGGCCAGCAUACAAAUUACGAAGGCUGGAAGAGGAGGACAGAAAGGAGUCAGGUGAAGGGUAGCAGCUUCGCAGCUCUGGGUAAAACCUCUGGGAACCUCCAGGCCAGGGCUCCUGCUGUACAGCCUGUCCAUGGCAGAGUGGACUGGACAUCCAAGUAUGGUGGAAAUCGGUAGUUAAGGGAAGAAGGCACACUCACUUCUUCUGCUCAUCAGGCAGUGUUGCCAUAGGUUUACAAACUGUAAAUGGCUGAAAGAAAUAUCCUGAGGAGAGUUUUCACCACAUUUAAACCUAAAUAUGGAGGAAAUGUUUGUGCUGCAUGAUUCCUGAAACAAAUUGCAUCAAGAUGUGCAUGGCACACCCCACACUCCUUGCAAGGACAUUUGUCAUGAUGUUUAUACAUGUAGUACCAACUUUAAAUGUACAUGGACUCUCUGUUUCAGAGCAAAGGUUGCCAUGAUGCAUGAAGGCUGGUACUGGCUACCAGUCAGUCUCACUGUAUUCCUGAAGGAUCCAGUGGGAGCCAAGUCUACAGUUAGUGUUAGGAUAUUCUGAACAGGAUUUAAAAGUAGCAUACCUUUUCAUUUUUUUUUUUUAAUUCUAGUUUCUAUGGUCUUUUACUACGGCUUUGUAUCAAUAGUCCCUGCAAUGCUAUAUUCCCUGUGCUUUUAUCCACCAUUCUGUAGGCGACUCACUGAGAAAUGUUCUGUCUAUAAUAAUUACAUCAACCUAUGCCAACCUACCUGUAGGAAGGUAAUUACAAAUGUUUUUGUAUUAUGCAAUUAAUAAACUGGAAAUUUUUUAAAUAU